UUUCGUUCCGCCUUGACGCAAUCCCUUUGAAGCCUUCUCUAUCUUCCUCUCUUCUCUCGAUCUCUGUAUCCUAACAAUGUCUCUUCUUCUGAAGUCAGUACCUCUCCUCCCUCUGCGGCUCAGAUCCUUUUCUCUCUUCAUCCAUGGCACCAUCCUCUUAACUGCAAAACCAGUACUUACGACCAGAACAACUGUUUUCUCUAUUUCGGCUUCCGCCUCUCUUUAUCCUCCUCAUUCUUCUUCUUCUUCUUCUUCUUCUCCUUCCGCUGAAGCUCCAUCCAGACCACCAGCUUCUCUCAAGGACGCAUCACUGCACUGGGUCUCCAGGACCGCCUUCUGCGGCGAAUUGUGCACUGAAGAUGUGGGCAAAAGGGUCCGCCUCUGCGGGUGGGUUGCGCUCCACCGGGUCCAUGGCGGCCUCACUUUUCUCAAUCUUAGAGACCAUACUGGAAUUGUCCAGGUUACGACACUUCCCGAUGGAUUCCCCGAUGCACAUUCCACUAUCAAUGACUUGAGGCUUGAGUAUGUGAUCGCUGUGGAAGGAAUUGUUCGGUCUAGACCAAAGGAGUCAGUCAAUAAGAAAAUGAAAACUGGUUUAAUAGAGGUUGCUGCAGAGCAUGUUGAGAUCUUGAAUGCUGUGAAAACAAAGCUCCCAUUCUUAGUUACUACUGCAGAUGAUGUGAAGGAUUCUGUUAAGGAGGAUAUCCGGUUGAGGUACCGAUGCCUUGAUUUACGCCGGCAACAAAUGAACUUUAACAUAAUGUUGCGUCAUAGAGUGGUUAAACUCAUCCGAAGAUAUCUAGAGGAUGUUCAUGGCUUUGUGGAGAUUGAAACUCCAGUACUGUCUCGAUCAACCCCAGAAGGUGCUCGAGAUUAUUUGGUACCCUCAAGAAUUCAGCCAGGAACAUUCUAUGCCUUGCCUCAAAGCCCACAACUAUUUAAACAGAUGUUAAUGGUCUCAGGCUUUGAUAAAUAUUAUCAAAUUGCCAGAUGUUUUAGAGAUGAAGAUCUAAGAGCUGAUAGACAACCUGAGUUCACCCAGCUUGAUAUGGAACUGGCUUUCACUCCUUUGGAGGACAUGCUGAAGCUAAAUGAAGAUCUGAUUAGAAAGGUUUUUCAAGAGAUUAAAGGUGUUCAGCUACCAAAUCCUUUCCCAAGGCUUACAUUCAGUGAAGCUAUGGAUCGAUAUGGUUCAGACAGGCCAGAUACUAGAUUUGCUCUUGAGUUGAAAGAUGUGAUUAUCUCUUUUUUUACUUCUGUUUACAUGCAUCUUAUGAUUGUACCACACUGAAAUUAUCUUUUAACCUUAAAAUUUAUACAAUUCAACAUUUAUUGAAGGGCAUCUUGCUUUGAACUGUGCUACUACACUAAUCUAACAUUGUGGAAUGUUACUAAUCUCAUUUGUAUUUCUUUGGUUUAGUCCUUGAUUCCUUUUGGGGAUAGAUAUUACUUAUAAUGAACUUUUGUUUUAUUAGCUCAAGAAAAGCAGGGAUGCUAGAGGAACACAUUUCUGGGAGCCAGCAAGAGUGCCUAAUAGAAUUAAAAAACGAGCUUGAAUGAGCGAUGUUUUCUAACGAGAGUAAUUGGAGACAAAAGGCAAAAAUCAAAUGGGUAGAAGUAGGGGAUGCUAAUACAUGCCUAUUCCAUUGCAUGGUUAAAGGCCGUAGAGUUAAGAGUGUGACCAAGGAGCUAGAGCUUGAAAAUGGGCAAGGGGAAGGAGAGGUGGGGCUAUAGGUAAAGAGAUCACUCAGUUUUACAGAAAGUUGUAUAUGGAAGAAGCCUCGUGCAGACAAUUUCUGGAGGGAAUUGAUUGGGCACUGAUUAGAAGGGAUACAGCAGAAUGGCUAGAACGAUAGUUUGAGGAGCAGGAAAUAAGUAGGGCAUUGUGCAAUUUAGGCAAGGACAAAUCACCUAUGCCCAGACAAUUUCUAUACAGUUUCUCAAAGUUGUUAGGACAUGGUGAAAGGGUUUUUAGUGAGAGUAUUUGUGGACUUUUAUUUAAAUGCCACCAUAUGGAAGAGUAUGAGCUCCACCUUCAUAACACUAAUCCCGAAAAAAGACAAGUUCACAAAGGUCUCAUACUAUUGCCCAAUAAGUUUAGUGAAAAAUGUAUACAAAGUAAUUAAAAAAGUCCUUUAUCGAAAACUUAGUGAGAUAUUGGAUACUGAAUUUUGCUAAACCAAAGUCUAGAGAUGAGAAUUGGAGCGAAUGGCCGGCUAAUGCAUCCAGUCCACUCCAAAUAGAGCAGUAAAGACCAGUAAUUAAUAAGGUUACUGGGUGAGUGUGGGUAGAAAGUUAUAAAUCUGCAAUGGGUAUAGAACGAGUAUUGAUUUAGUCAUUUAUCUGUCUUUCACCUGCUUCACCUU